AUGACACAGCUUUUGGAAAUCCUGCCCAAGGAACUCAAGUUUAUCUUUGAAGUGAAGAAGCAAAGCUCAUGCUCAAUACGGCUUACCAAUAAUACCCACCACAAUGUUGCUUUCAAGGUUAAAACAACUUCACCUAAGAAGUACUGUGUGCGACCAAAUGUUGGCAUUAUCGAUCCAAAAUCAACUUGUGAAUUUAUUGUCACAAUGCAAGCUCAAAAGGUGGCUCCUCCUGAUAUGGCAUGCAAAGACAAGUUCUUAAUCCAAAGCACAGUUGUUCCCAUUGGGACAACUGAAAAGGACAUCACACCUAAUAUGUUUGCCAAAGAUGGUGCCCAGCAUGUCGAAGAGGUGAAGAUGAGAGUGGCUCUCAUCAGCCCACCUGAAUCACCUGUACUGUCACCAAUUAGUGGAGUGCGUAAGCAGGGGCCUUUUUUUGAACCUUCUGUACUGAAAGAUCCUGUGCUGGACAGAGUUGAAAUUCUCACUCCACCGCAAACGGUUGCCAAGAGUGUCGAAUUCAAAAUGACCAAUGACCAUGAGGUCAAUACAGCUAAGGAUGUAGAGUUGAAGCCAAAGAAGGAUGUGAUUCAUGAUCGAGAGUCUAAGCUGUCAAAUUACACUAUGUGGCCACCAAAUACUGACGUUGUCAUUGAGAAGGAGUUGAAGCUGGAACAGGAUGAAGAGUUGAAGCAAGAUAAGGAUGCCAUUAAUGAUGAUCACUCUAAGCUAGCGGAGGAUAUGGAGUUCCCUGAACUGAAGAAUGAGGAAGUCAUAACAGUGAACGCUGUGGAGGAGCUGGAGUUGGCCAGUGAUAUUGAAGAGAUGAAAUCAAAAUUGCAUGUACUUGAAUCAAAACUAAAUGAGGCUGAGUCUACUAUUUCAAAGUUAACAGAAGAGAAGAGACGAAGCAGUCAAGAAAGGAAAAUCUUGCGAGAAGAGCUUGGGAUCAGGUAUGUUUGUCCAAGUUUUCUUGCUCCCGCUUCUGCUGCUGGGGGAUUGACUUCAGGAUUGUCUGUUUGUUGCAUGUAUACACAAAACGAGCAACAAUCGAACGGAGGGAGAUAUCUUCUAUGUAUGCCUAUCAAAGAACACAAAAGUCAUGUUACUCUUAGGUUACUGCCAAGAAAUCGCCUUUUGAAGUAA